AUGGGAUAAUUCCCUUGAUAUCUCUCAUAUGCAGAGCUUGAGCGUGAGUAAUGGCGCUAACUGGAGUUUCAGUCUCACCACAACACCAAGAGGCUGUAUUUCGCAGCAAACUUUCUGUGCAGCAUUCCGGAACAAGAAAGAACACAAGGAACACGGUGGGAGUUUAGAACUUAACCCAACGGAUGGCUUGGUCGAUAGUGAUUCUCGAAAGCUCAACGAAUGCAGAUUGCCUCCUCUGGUUAGUGCAUUAAAAGCUUCAGCAGAGGAAAACGCUGCUAGUUUUCACUUUCCUGGACAUAACAGAGGACAAGCAGCUCCUCCAUCGCUGACCCGACUAAUUGGUGCAAGGCCGUUUCAGCAUGACUUGCCAGAGCUUCCAGAGCUUGACAAUCUUUUUGCUCCCGAGGGACCUAUUUUGGAAGCGCAAAAACAGGCAGCUGAGCUUUUCGGAGCAUCAGAGACGUGGUUUCUUGUUGGUGGCAGCACAUGUGGGGUUCAGGCGGCGAUAAUGGCGACUUGUUCUCCCGGAGACGUUCUCAUUCUUCCGCGAAACUCUCAUAUCUCAGCAAUAUCCGCCAUGGUGUUAUCUGGCGUGGUACCUAAGUACAUUGUCCCCGAGUAUGACCCUGAAUGGGACAUAGCCGGUGGCGUUACUCCUUCGCAGGUAGAGAAAGCCAUCAAGGAACUAGAGACGGAAGGUCUAAAACCGGCUGCUGUUUUUAUGGUCUCGCCUAGUUAUCACGGUGUAUGCAGCGACAUUGGUGCAAUAUCCGAGCUCUGUCACAAGAACGACAUCCCUGUGAUCGUUGAUGAGGCUCACGGGGCUCACUUUGGCUUCCACGACCACCUGCCAGCCUCGGCUCUUGCUCAAGCGGCUGAUGUUGUUGUGCAGUCGACUCACAAAGUACUGUGCUCUCUCACACAGUCGUCAAUGAUGCAUCUUUCGAGUAACCUUAUCGACAGGGAGAGGAUUUGCAGGUGCCUUCAAAUGCUCCAAAGCAGCAGCCCGAGUUAUCUGUUGCUAGCGUCGUUAGAUGCUGCCACGGCUCAGCUAAGUGAUAGUAAGGGAGCCAUUUUCAACGAAGCUAUUGAGCUAGCUGUUGAAACGAGGCGUGUGAUUAAACAAAUCCAUGGAAUCUCGCUCUUUGGUACCGCGAACUUCCCUAGCUCUCCCGCUAUUGAUUCUUUACGAAUCACUGUUAGCGCGCGGGAACUUGGUCUUUCCGGUUUUGAAGCUGACGACAUCUUAUGCAGGGACUUCGGGGUGGUUUCUGAACUUGUAGGAACGCAGUCUAUCACGUUAGCAUUCAACCUCGGAACCAAACGGGAGCAUGCUUCGAGACUUUUGUCAGGAUUGGAGUAUCUAUCAGCAACUCUCUCUCACGCCAACAGAUUAUCCACGGAAGCAGAAGGCAACGCCACAGCUCUAGCACCCUUCGAUGACUUCAACGUGGUGUUGAGUCCAAGAGACGCCUUUUUUGCUCGUAAACGAAAAGUAAGCUUUGAGGAUGGUCUAGGUAAAAUAUGUGGGGAGCUGAUAUGCCCUUAUCCACCCGGGAUCCCGGUGGUGAUCCCGGGUGAGGUUGUCACGGAGAGAGCACUGAAGUACUUGGUGCACGUUAAAAGCAAGGGCGCCACGAUCAGCGGAGCUGCGGACCGGCUCCUCUCCUCCCUCGUCGUAUGUGAUGAUGUAUGAUGAUGUAUCAUAGCUUUAGGAAGCUUCAUAUUUUGAUGAAUACUCUUCCUGAUAGAUUCAAUGAUACUAUAAAAUUAAAACCAAUAUUAGAUUCAA